GUUGACCCAGUCCUUCGCGUUGGAGCGGACAACCACGUCCUCCCUCUAGACUGCAUCACCAUCCAGACUUACCUGGCUAAAUGUCUGGGACACCUGGAUGACUGGCCAGAUAGACUGAGAGUGGCCAAGGAGGCUGGUUACAAUAUGAUCCACUUCACACCUCUGCAGACUCUGGGGGAGUCCAGGUCCUGCUACUCUUUGGCUGACCAGCUAGCCUUUAGCCCUGAGUUCAGCCCAAAGGGUCAGAGCUAUGGCUGGGAAGAUGUGGGAGCACUGGUGGAGAAGUUAAGAACAGAGUGGAACAUGUUGUGCAUCACGGAUGUUGUGUAUAAUCAUACUGCUGCUAACAGUCCAUGGAUCAAAGAGCAUCCAGAGUGUGGGUAUAACCUGGUGAACUCUCCCCACCUGUGCCCUGCCUGGGUCUUAGACAGAGCUAUUUGGCAUUUAACUACCAGAGUAGCAGAGGGACGGUACGCAGCUAAAGGACUUCCUGCUGAUAUCACCGACGACAAACAUUUGAAUGCAAUCCGCAGUGUGAUGUGGGAGGACAUAUAUCCUCAGAUCAAACUGUGGGAGUUCUUCCAGGUCAAUGUGGACAGUGCUGUGGAGCAGUUUAGAACCCUUCUAGAAAAUGAUGCAAAGCCAGACCACAGUAAAACUGGAGGGGAAAAAGGCCUAAAGAUCAUCCAGGACCCUCAGUACCGUCGCUAUGGCAACACAGUGGACAUGGACUCUGCUCUGGAGACAUUUGUACCUCACAGUUCAUCUCCACAACAUAUAGAGGAGUGCUGUGGCUGGUUGAAACAGAAGCUGAACGAUCUGAAUGAAGAACAAUAUCACAUUGUUCACCAGCAUCAAGAACAGGCUGUCAACUGCAUUCUGGGAAAUGUAGUCUAUGAGCGUCUGGCUGCCCAUGGACCCAAACUUGGCCCUAUUACCAGAAAAAACCCUAUAGUUACCAGGUAUUUCACCUUCCCAUAUGAGGACAUGACUCUGGAGCAGGAGAUGGAGCUUCUGGACAAGCCGGACAAGAUAUGUCACUUCCUGGCUCAUAAUGGUUGGGUGAUGGGUGAUGAUCCACUGCGGAACUUUGCAGAACCAGGCUCCAAUGUGUACCUGCGACGGGAGUUGAUCUGCUGGGGUGACAGUGUCAAACUGCGCUAUGGCAAAGGGCCUGAGGACUGUCCCUACCUGUACCACAUGAAGAGAUACACGGAAAUCACAGCCCAGUACUUCCAUGGAGUCAGACUGGACAACUGCCACUCCACUCCUUUACACGUGGCUGAGUUUAUGCUGGACGUGGCCAGAAGCGUGUGUCCUAACCUGUAUGUGGUGGCUGAGCUGUUCACCGGCAGUGAGGAGCUGGAUAAUAUCUUCGUUACCAAACUAGGCAUUUCAUCAUUAAUACGAGAGGCCAUGUCAGCAGGAGACAGCCAUGAGGAGGGACGACUGGUCUAUCGUUACGGCGGUGAGCCAGUCGGAGCCUUCGUGCAGCCUAGUCUCCGCCCACUGAUGCCUUCCAUCGCCCACGCCAUGUUCCUCGAUGUAACCCAUGACAACGAGUGUCCCAUACAGCUGCGUUCAGCGUUGGACUCUCUGCCCAGUUCAGCCAUUGUUUCCAUGGCCUGCUGUGCCACUGGCUCCACUAGGGGAUAUGAUGAAUUAGUGCCACACCAGAUUUCUGUGGUGAAGGAGGAGAGAUUUUACCCUAAGUGGAACCCAUCAGCAUCCCCGUCCUCUGCUGGGGAGGUCGGACCUCAGUCUGGAAUCAUAGCUGGGAAACUGGCACUCAACAAGCUGCACCAGGAACUGGCUGCCCAGGGAUUCAUCCAGGUGUAUGUGGAUCAGGUUGAUGCAGAUAUUGUUGCCAUCACUCGUCACUGUCCCAGCACCCAUCAGUCUGUGGUGACUGUGUGCAGGACUGCAUUCUGGAACCCAAAAACCCACCAGUACAGCACCAACGUCCCACCUAUGUUCAUACCAGGAAAGAUAGAGGAGGUGGUGUUGGAGGCGAGGACAGUAGAAAGGGAUGCUGGGAGUUAUGUGAAAGAUGAGAGCUUCAUCAAUGGCAUGCCAGAGUACACUGUGGAAAUAAAAGAGCACAUACCGUUGGAGCAGAGUACAGUGGUGAAGCAGGCUGGGGUGACAUCUAAAGGCCGAUCAGAGUUUGUGCAGGAGAUCACGUUCCAGAAGCUGACGCCUGGCAGUGUUAUCGCCUUCAGGAUUAGUUUGGACCCCAAUGCCCAGAAGUUGGUCGGAAUGUUGAGGUAUUAUCUUUCCCAGUUCAGCCCCAAAUACAGGAGAGGCAGUACACCUGAUGAAAACCCACCAGAUGCACUGCAGAAACCACUGUCACAGAUCAUGUCUAAGCUGACGUUAGCCGACCUGAACAUCCUGCUGUUCCGCUGUGAGUCUGAAGAACAAGAGGAUGGCGGAGGAUGUUACAGCAUCCCAGGAUGGGAAACCUUCAAAUAUGCCGGACUGCAAGGUCUGAUGUCAGUGAUGGCUGAUAUCCGUGCCAACAAUGACCUGGGCCAUCCUGUGUGUGCUAACCUCAGACAAGGAGACUGGCUUAUAGACUUUGUGUCCAAAAGACUGAUGCACAGAGAGGGACCACUGGCACAGGUUGGUCAGUGGUUGGGAGCCAUGUUUAACUACUUGAAACACAUCCCACGCUACCUCGUCCCCUGUUAUUUUGAUGCCAUCCUAGUGUCAACCUACACCACUGCUCUGGACGCCACCUACAAACAAAUGUCAAACUUCGUCCAGACUGGCUCCAGUUUUGUCCGUCACCUGGCACUGGGUUCAGUCCAGAUGUGCGGCGUCGGACGCUUCCCUGCCCUCCCUCCUAUUUCGGAUAAAAUUGACAAUGUCCCUUAUCGCGUCAGUCCCAUCACAAGCCAAAAAGAGCAGUGCUGCGUCUCACUAGCUGCAGGUCUUCCUCAUUUCUCCUCUGGGAUUUUCCGUUGCUGGGGCAGAGACACUUUCAUCGCCCUCAGAGGACUGAUGCUGCUCACUGGAAGACACAUUGAAGCUCGUAACAUCAUCUUGGCCUUUGCUGGCACGUUGCGUCAUGGUUUGAUCCCCAACCUGCUGGGUGAGGGUCGCUGUGCCAGAUACAACUGCCGUGACGCUGUGUGGUGGUGGCUGCAGUGCAUUCAGGACUACGCUACCCAUGUUCCCCAAGGACAUGAAAUUCUCCGCUGUCCUGUCACUCGCAUGUAUCCAACGGAUGACUCUGAGCCCUGCAAACCUGGAGAGGUGGAGCAGCCACUGUAUGAUGUGAUCCAGGAGGCUCUGCAGCGCCACCUAGAGGGCAUCUCCUUCAGAGAGAGAGACGCUGGACCCAAGAUUGACAUGAACAUGAGAGAUGAAGGGUUCAACGUAUUUGCUAAGGUGGAUCCAGCCACUGGUUUUGUCUCUGGAGGAAACCGCUUUAACUGUGGCACAUGGAUGGAUAAAAUGGGAGAAAGCGAGAGAGCGAGGAACAAAGGAAUGCCUGCAACUCCGAGAGACGGAGCAGCUGUUGAAAUUGUGGGCCUGAGUAAAUCUGCCGUUCGCUGGGUCGUGGAGCUCCACGCUAAAGGACUGUUCCCUUAUGAUGGAGCUAAAAUACACAGAGAUGGUAUAGAGGUGUUUGUGUCGUACUCCCAGUGGAACCAGCAGCUCCAGCAGUCCUUCGAGGCAGGUUUCUGGGUGUCUGGGGAUCCAGAUGCCAAUGAGAAACACCCCGAACUGGUGCAUAAAAAAGGCAUCUAUAAGGACAGCUACGGAGCCUCCAGCCCCUGGUGUGACUAUCAGCUGAGACCCAACUUCACUAUUGCCAUGGUCGUGGCUCCAGAGCUGUUUACAUUGGACAGAGCCUGGGCUGCACUGGAUAUGGCUGAGAAAAAACUACUGGGACCACUGGGAAUGAAGACCCUCGACCCUGAUGACAUGGUGUACUGUGGGGUCUACGACAACGCACUGGACAACGACAACUAUAACCUAGCUAAAGGUUUCAACUACCAUCAAGGACCAGAGUGGCUGUGGCCUGUUGGGUAUUUCCUGCGUGCUAAACUCUACUUUGCUAAGAAACUGGGGGAGAGCGCCUACAACAGAACGGUCACCUUGGUCAAAAACGUCCUGUCCAGACAUUACACCCACCUGGAGAGGUCUCCAUGGAAGGGGCUGCCAGAGCUGACCAAUGAGAACGGCCAGUAUUGCCCCUUCAGCUGUGAGACCCAGGCCUGGUCUCUGGCCACGGUUCUGGAGGUUCUCCGCGACCUGUAGACCACACGCCAAGCAGCUGAAGAACAACACGUGAAAUCUGAAAGAGGCGACUCACCCAGACACGAAGCUGCCUUUGAAUAAACACGUCAUCGGUCAGAUUUGAACCUCUGACCUUUUAACCCGGUAACUUAUGAUACUUAAAUGGUACGAUACUCACAUUUAAACUAUUUUCCGUGUGAAUUAAAUGCGGUGUCUUCCCAUGCUGAGCUGUUUUGUGAAAUUCGGGGUAAUAGCAGCCAGCGUUUCUACUCCUUCAGCACAUUCAGUACACUGCACGUCAUUGAUUGUUUUAAGAAUAUACAGAAAAGUUCACAUCAUCAUUUAAUCCAUUUAUUUCAAGAAUGUUAAACCUCAGAGGCUCUGGAAAGAGUCCGACCUUGAAACCAGCAAAUAAUCUGUUGCAGUGUGCACUUUUUAUUGCUUUCUGUCCAA